CGCUGCGGGUGUGACACGCACUGAGAAUGUAAACAAAUCACUCAAACCUACAGUCGACUGUGAAAUGAUACAUUAUUUCAUCAUUUACUAAAUGCUUUUAGAUACAAACAACUUGUCGUUUAUGUAUGUAAUGUAUUUUUAACGGUUGACGGCGGUUGACACCUUGCGGCUGACUCGUCAUUUCUCCAUUUGAAAAUGGUAUACCAUAUUCCCUGGAUCUACACACCAGUGCGGACUGUCCUGGCCAUCUGGCACCAGCUGACCAAGACCGAGAUCCCAGAGCUGGCCAAGUGCUCUGUACUGAUGAGGGAGCGCAGCAGAGUGGAGGAGACGAUCCACGCCAUGCAGCGAGCAGGUGCAGGUAGUCUGCAGGUAAUCUCAGACUUUGACAUGACGCUGACCAGAUUCGCUCACAAUGGCAAGAGAGUGCCCACCACCCACAACAUCCUGGAUAACCGGUUGUUGAUUAAUGAAGACUGCACUAGAAAGAUGAGGGAGCUGUUGAACACCUACUAUCCCAUAGAGAUUGAUGCAAGCCGGAGUGCUGAGGAGAAGCUGCCUCUCAUGGUGGAGUGGUGGACCAAAGUUCAUGAGCUGCUAAUUGAGCAGAAGAUCAGAAGGGACAUGCUCGCCCAUGCUGUCAAGGAAUCCAGUGCUAUGCUCAGGGACGGCUACAAAGUGUUUUUUGAAUGUCUCGCUGAGCACCAGGUUCCUCUGUUGAUCUUCUCGGCUGGUGUUGGAGACGUCCUGGAGGAAGUGAUCCGACAGAACCACGUCUUCCAUCCCAACAUCCACAUCAUCUCCAACUACAUGGACUUUGACCAAACUGGGGUCCUGCAAGCCUUCAAAGGUCAACUGAUCCACACUUUCAAUAAGAGGGAAGGUGCUCUGUCACACGCAGCUGGCCUCAGGGAGCUGCAGGGUCGACCCAACGUGGUGCUAAUGGGAGACUCUCUGGGAGAUCUGACCAUGGCUGAUGGGGUGUCGGAGCCUCAGAAUGUCCUGACCAUCGGCUUCCUGAAUGACCAGGUGGAAGAGAGGAAGGAAUCGUACAUCAACUCCUUUGAUGUCGUGCUGGUGAAAGACGAGACGCUGGACAUACCGAAUGCUAUCCUCAGAUACAUCACCUCUUCAAGAGACGAGUAAGACACACAAGUGGACUUGUUCACGCCAUACAGUGUUGCAUACUGGACAAUCGCACAUCAUCACUUACCUCAGACCAGAUUUUGAAACUUUUUUAACCUGUGUCCACUGAAGCGGGUUAAUGGUGCAAAUCUCUCACAAUCUGUCCUUGGAACUCUUUUUUAUUUUUACACUUACAGUGUUUUGACUUGUCCAGAGGUUUAAAAGAUCUAAAUUAGGUCAUUUAUUUGCAACUUAAGUUUUGUAAAAUUUGUGAUUUAUGUCAGCCAAGUAGAUUUUUAUUGUUGUGUUGGCUACAAGGUAAUCAUUUUCCUGACUGUCAGGGUAGAAACAGUAGCACCAGAAUGCAACAUGCCACCUUAACAUAACUCAGUGAAAGAAGAACUUAUAUUGUAUUGUUUCAAAUACAUAGUGUUUACUAGUAGCCCUCCUUUUGAAAACAAAUCAGCAACCUCUUGAAACUAUGCAGUGUAUUUCUAAUUUUCUGUAGCACAAAAUACUUUCUAAUUUUUACUUUGAUGUUUAACUGUAUGAGGAUUUACAGUGUGCUCACAUACAAGCAAAGGUGUAACAUUUUGUAGCUGUCUCUUUAUCUGCCAAGUCCUCUGCUUCAUAUUGACAUUGCUGCUCUGGUGUGUUUUGUGUAUUACCUCUGUGUACUUAAUGCUCCAGACUACAUAUACUGUACUGUACAUAUAGGGAAUUAAUAUACAGGCAGUAGGUAAGUUUUUCUAACCUAGACAGUAAAGGUAAACAUAGUAAUAUCAGCAUCAAUCAGAAAGCUUAAGUCCAGCAGGAGAAUAUACAAUCUGGGAUGUGUGUGUUCUUAACAAGUGUAGUCUGAGACACUGUGGCUGCUAUAUAGACGGACUUAACAUUGGGCUAGUUGCACUUUACUAUAGGUCUAAUACUUGUGUAGAAGAAAACAUGAAUAUGGGUUAGUCUGAAAGUGUGAUCUUCCCAGCGAAAGGUAGAGUUCACAAUUUUUUUUAUUUUUUUUUUAAAAGCCAUUUUAUUUAUUUUAAGUUGGUGUUUUUGUACCAGGAAAAAAGAGCAAAGUUUUAAUAAUGACUGCCCCCUGAAUUCCUUUAGUGCUAUUAAUAAUGAUCUUUAACAUUAAUUCCACAGAAGUUGGAAAAAAAAAGUGAACUAUGCCUUUAAAUUAUCUCUUGAUGUCACUAAUAUUUCUGCGUUGCAGUCUUAUGUCCAUGACAUGGUCAUUACGUUAAUGGCCAUGAAUCAUGUUAUUAUUUUUUAAUUCUUUUAUUAGAAAUGCAUCAAUAUUAAUACUUUCAAAAUAAUGCUUUUGGUCUGUUACUAAUUGAAUCUUAAACUGAAUACUGUUAGGACACAAUUACAGAGAUAUGCAUCAUUUAAAAUGCUGCUUCUGAUCUCCAGGAUGCAGACUUGCAACAUUUCUUAAAGUCACACCAUUGGUAGACAUCUGUCUUUGUGAUCACCUUCACUGGGGAAAAUCCUGAAUAUGCCAUAUAAGAUAGUAUUAGCUUCUACCAACAGUUUAUUUAUUUUAGUUAUUUCAGAUAUCAGUGUUGGGUGUAUUUUUUUAUGUGCAGCUUAAAAAAACCUUAAUGUCAGCAGCUACCAACACUUUACCUAUUCAUAGGUGCAUCUCUGUUUUUGUCAUAUGUAGUCAUUGCAGAUGUCAGAUGAUUUCCUAUGCACCUCAUCCUAUGUGAUACAAGUUGUAGAAAAACUGAAACUAUGUUCAUUUUCUUAGAAACAUUUUAAUUAAUGUGACUUUCAGGGACAAAUAAAGGUGCUUGUUUGGUUUUCUGAAACACAACUAUCAAACUCAAACACUCAAACAACACAAAACUCCACAAAAAGAUCCUUUGCACUAUUUUCUUGUCAUUUAAAAACUGUCCAUUAUUAAAAAUGACACUGUAUGGGAAAA